AUGGGGUUGGCUGCCUGCCGGUCCUGCUGGUGGCCCUGGGGCUGGCGUCCGACCCGGUCCUCACCCUGGCCCCCCCGCUGCGCUGCCGCCCGGGCCCUCCCGCCCCCAACACCUCGAGCCCCUGGGACCCCCCCCAGCAACGCCAGCGCCGCCGCCUGCUCCUCGCCCCUGCUCAACGGGACCCGCUGCCCCCACGGCUGGGAUUACGGCGGCCUCCCCGCCCUGGCCGGCAACCUGGUCACCGAGUGGGACCUGGUGUGCGAGCGGGCCUGGGAAGUGACCCUCGAGCAGACCCUCUUCCUGCUGGGCUUUGCGUGUGGCUACCUGGGCCUGGGCCAGGCCGCGGACAGCGUAGGGCGGCGCGGAGUGGUGUUGCUGGCGCUGGGGUUGGCGGGGCCCUGUGGGGUUGCGGGGGCGGCGGCCGGCUCCCCCCCAGGCCUCACUGCCCUGCGCUUCCUCCUGGGCUUCCUGCUGGCCGGAGCCAAUCUCGGGCUCUACCUCAUCCGCCUGGAGCUUUGUGAGCCCUCCCAGCGGCUGCGGGCGACCAUGGCAGGGGAGCUGGUGGGCGUCGGGGGGCAGUUCCUGCUCUUGGGCCUGGCCCUGGCCUGUAAAGAAUGGCGGCUGCUGCAGCGGCUCAUCACCGCUCCCUGUGCCCUCUUCCUGCUGUACGGCUGGCCGGAUGCCUUCCUGGAGUCUGCGCGAUGGCUGCUGGUGGCCCGCCGGCCCGCGGAGGCCCAGGCCGUGCUCAGGGUGCUGGCCCGGCGGAACCGGCCAAGGGCCGAGGCUUUGGGGGACGAGGCCGAGGAGGCCCUGAGGGACCUGGAAAAUACGUGCCCCCUGCCCGCCGCGGCCCAGAUCUCCCUCUCCGCGCUGCUCAGCUGCCGGAACACCUGGAAAAACCUGCUCAUCUUGGGCUUCACCACGUUCAUCGCCCACGGGCUCCGGCACUGCUACCAGCCGGCGGGGGCGGCCGGGCGAGGGGCCCAGGCGGACUUUUACCUGCGUUCCCUGCUCGGGGCCGGCACGGCGGCCCAGGCCUGCGUCUUCCUGGGGGUGACCGUUGACCGCUACGGCCGCCGCGGCGUCCUGCUGCUCACCAUGACCCUCGCGGGCAUCGCCUCCCUCGUCCUGUUGGGGCUGCGGGACUACCUGAACGACGCAGCCGUCACCGCCUUCGCCGUCCUGCGGCCUCUUCUCCUCCUACGCGGCGCCGUCCUUAGCGUCCUCCUCGCUGCUGAGGUCAUCCCGACCAGCGUCCGGGGGCGGGGGCUGGGGCUGAUCGCGGCGCUGGGCGCUCUGGGCGGGCUGAGCGCACCCCUGCAGCGGCUGCACUCCGGCCACGGCGCCUUCCUGCAGCACGUGGUACUGGCGGCCUGUGCCCUCCUGUGCAUCCUCAGCAUCAUGCUGCUGCCCGAGAGCAAGCGCAAGCCCCUGCCCGAGGCCCUGCGGGACGGGGAGCUGUGCCGCCGGCCCUCCCUGCUCAGGCCCCAGGCCCCCGGCCGCUGCGACCACGUCCCGCUGCUCGCCACCCCCACCCCCGCCCUCUGAGCGCCACGGAGGGCACCCGCGGGACGAGACGGAAGGGACCCCCCCCCGGCCCCAGGCUGGGCGGCGGAGGAGGCCGGGCCGGGCCCCCCCCGGGCCUACCGGGACCGGGCCGCCACGGACAGGAGAGAUCGGAGCGGGCCCCGCUCCGAAGAGGGAAGAGGCGGGACCCACGGAGGCCCAGGGAGGCGUGUGGAGAAGACGCAGGGUGACGCCCCGGGGUCUCCGUGCUGUCGGUCAGCUUGGCUGCCUGGCGCCUGGGCGGGAGAUCUGGCUUUCCCGGGCGGGGCCCUCCAUUUUGGUGGUCUGGGGCCCAACAGCUGCCAGAGGGGCCACACCCUGGGGUGGGAGCCCCCCGGCCCCACUGACUUCUAAUGCAAUUAAAAAUUACAAAAUGACAAGAGCA